GAGUUAUCGGUGUUCGAUUGAGGAAUUGAAAAUUUCCUCUCCCCAACGACGAAACCCUAAACGCGCAGGCCCUAUUCUCGUCUGCGUAGAUCUGCAACGCGAUAGGAAGCGUGUCAUCCUUAAUACGAAAUACCGAUCUUUUCUUGCCAAGUAGUGGGACUUUCAUAGGCUUGUCGGGUAAUCUUCGAUACGAUUUUGAGGAUGUCUCGGUGCUUUCCGUACCCACCACCCGUGUAUACACUGAACAGAGCCAACAAUGAGGCCUUGAUCGAAUCGAUUAAGCUCCAAAAAGAAAGAGGCAAGGCCAAAGAAAAGAAACAAAGGAAGCCGGAAAAGAAACAAGAGAAGAAAGAGAGGAAGGGGGCAAAAGCCAAAGCACAUCAGAACCUUGACAAAGCUGAUAUUGUCCAUGGCCACAUUGGUGAGAAGUUAUGGGCAAAUAAUAAAAGUAAACUUCUCCACAAGGAAUGUGAACCUGAGCCAGAGCAGUUGGAGCGAAGCACCUUGACUGAAGAUCAUGGGUAUGCAGCACGUGUGAAUCCUCCCAGCUGUUCCUCCGAUAGCACAGAGAAUAGCAACAACAAAAGAAAGAGGCAAUGCUCACCUGAGGAUGUCAACUGCAAACGUGGUAAGAUCAUCAGAAUAAGGUUGACAAAGAAACCAGAUGAUUCCAGUGCUUCAAUCAAACAACAGCUCCCUUCUACAUCUGGAAGGAUACCGUCUGUUUCUCAACAUAAAAAUGAUGUUGAUCUCAUGCACCCGAGGCAGUAUUCUUGCAGCACGUCAAAUGAACCCCGCAGAAUCAGCCAGAGCAGUGCUCAUAGAAUUGAUGGAGAAAAGAUGCAAUCAACUUCCCAGCAAAUUAAGCCAGCAGUUCCACCCAGCAAAAUCAGCCUAGGCAGGGCUCAUAGAAUUGAUGGAGACAAGAUGCAAUCGACUUCCCAGCAAAUUAAGCCAGCAGUUCCACCCGGCAAAAUCAGCCAGAGCAAUGGUCAUAGAAUUGAUGGAGAAAAGAUGCAAUCAACUUCCCAGCAAAUUAAGCCAGCAGUUCCACCCCGCAAAAUCAGCCAGAGCAGUGCUCAUAGAAUUGAUGGAGACAAGAUGCAAUCAACUUCCCAGCAAAUUAAGCCAGCAGUUCCACCCGGCAGAAUCAGCCAGAGCAGUGGUCAUAGAAUUGAUGGAGAAAAGAUGCAAUCAACUUCCCAGCAAAUUAAGCCAGCAGUUCCACCCCGCAAAAUCAGCCAGAGCAGUGCUCAUAGAAUUGAUGGAGAAAAGAUUCAAUCAACUUCCCAGCAAACUAAGCCAGCAGUUCCACUGACGAAGAGUGUGAUUAUGACUCCAAUGCAGAAGAUGGAGUUGGAAUAUAAGAAUCUAUUUGAGAACCUGACUCUGCCUCUACUGCCGGAGGCUGCAUCCCUCCCUGAUGAUCAAGAUUGGCUCUUCCAGAGAAAAAAUCAGGACAGAAAUACCAAUAUAAAAAAGAUAUCUCGAAAUGUUAGAAUGCCUUCUUCUGGCAGCCAGACAUUAUGGCCCCGGGCACAUUACUUGCAAGAAGUUGAUGUGUACGCAUUGCCUUACACAGUUCCUUUUUGAGGUUGCACGAAGGCGAAUUGAGAGCAGUGAUCUGUAUUGCUACUGGCCAUGACUCCCUGCUUCCUUCCUGGACAAGUGUUUAUUAUGCCUCUCCACCCGAUAUCAUUUUUGUCGAUGGGAGGAGAUGCUUGAUGAAGCAAAGUGAACCAAUUUUACUGAUUGCAUGGAGCAAAGGUAAUGCCUCCAGAUCUUAUCCGAAUGGCUGCAAACUUGCGCUGAAGAUGCACAACUGAGAUAUUAUCCAGCCAUUCUGCCCCGGCGCACAAAAUGUUGUCGCUCGAGUUUGAUACUGCCUAUUCUUUACAGUUAAACCAUGAUUGGAAGAAUUGUAAUCCCAUGUUAUGGGCUGUAUACUUGAGACAAAUCCUCUUUUCUUAAUCUCAUUUGCUAAUAGGUACAGAAUCAGUACUAGUGGCUUUUUUAUUGCAAGUGACUUUGUUGCUUUGGAUAUAAUUCAAUAAAACCUUAACAUUUCCCCUUC